AUGCCCGUCUCGAGCGCGCGAACGCGAUCGACGCGCGCGCGUUCGGGCGCGUCGAGAGUGCGCGAUGAGAAAUUAAACGACGAUGGAACGACGGGGCGGUGGGGGGCUGAGGAGACGACGGAGACGUUCGGGUUCACCCCGAUCGGGGCGAUGCGAUCGUUGGAGAACGUUGAACUGAGCGCGGAGCGAAAUAAGGGGUCGGUGAGGGAGGCGGAGACGCCGAAGAGCGGGAAGCGGGUGAGGCGGACGUCGACGCCGGGAAAGCGGCGCGCGAGCGCUCCGCGUGUCGAAGCGGCGGAUGACGAGCGUGAGAACGACGCGACGGCGACGAUGAAGGAGGAUUUGAAUGACAUCAAUGUCGUGGAGAGCGAACGGAGAGCGUCGAAGACGUUUUGGGCGCCGACACCGUCGAUGCCGCGCGCGGCGCCGGCGCCGUUGGCGCGAACCAACGGCUUGCCGCCGACGCCGGCGGUGUACAACGCCGUGCCGUGGCCGAGCUCGAUUCCGAUCGUGGAGCAAUCGCCUGUGAGAACGACCGCGAACGGAGCGAUGAAAGCGGACGCGAUGGCGUACGCGACACCGGGCGGGCAGGUGCGCGAGGUGCUGGAGCCACGCGAGGUGCACGCCUUCGCCAGAGCACCAGCACUGGCGCUCGCACCGCUCGCGCACGGACCGAAGGAACUCGCAGCGCAGCUCGUUGAGGUUAAACGUGAGAUCGCGAAGCGACAGAGCGAAGCGAUUGAGGUCUCUCGAGUGCUUCGACAGCUUCAGUGCGAGGAGGCGGAUCUGUUCUCCAGAGCGGCGGAGAUUCAGCGCCAACUUCUCCAGUGUACCACCGAAGAGCAGCCCUACGAUUUGAGCGUGACGAUCGGAUCGAAUAGUGUCGAACGAAUGAUCGCUUUGGAGGAGCGACCAGACACGACGCCGCGAUCUGUUCAGAGAAGUGCGCAGCGAGGCGUUGACGUGCCAGUGGAGCAAGCGCAACCAUCGACAUCCAAGAUAGUCGCCAAAGACAUGCGACCGUUCCAAAAGUUAGACGUGCGCAAGGCAAUGAUCUCUGUCGAUUUCAUCGACGGCCCGGGUGGCUUAUCGCUCUUCACUGCGAGUGCGGAUAACUGCUUGCGUCUAUGGGCUCCGGACAGCCGCAAGCCCGCAGCACUCAUUCGUGCUCCAAGAGGCAUGAGCUCGACGACGGUGAUGAACGAGCGCGUUGUGUGCGUCGGGACCGAGCUUGGGCAGGUUGUCCAGAUCGAUAUCGCCACCGGUAUGCUAAUCGGCUCUCUCACGCACGGUGAGCACGCCGCGCCGUGGAGCGUGAAGACGCUCGCCAAGUUUGGUCAAGAGGAGUCUGCGCUCGUCGCCGCAGCGGGCAUGGGCGGUGACAUCAAGAUUUGGGACGCUCGCAUCGCGCGCGGUGGCGGAGCUCCGAUGGUGAUGUACUCUCACGGCGCAGCGGAGAUUCGCGGGAUGUCCUUCUCCCCAGACGGGCACACGCUCGUUGCGGCAGCUUCCAAUGAUUUGCGCGCCUUUGAUUUACGCAUGAACGGCCGAUCGACCCGCCUGAGCGUCGCCGAAUCGUCGCAUACGUCGUGGAACUCCGUGUUCCACGACGCGUCGACAAGCGAGAUCCUGGCCUUGUCGAGUUCGGGUGACGUACAUGCGUGGUCCGCCUCCGCGCCGUACGCUCACGCGAGAACCGUCCGAGCGGUGUGCGCUCCGAACUCCAGCGCCGCCUUAGUGCUCGAGGGCACUUUAUUCUGUCCCGUCCACGACGAUGCGUGCGGCGUAGACGUCGUGCGUCACGCCACGUCCGAGGUCAUCGCCCGUUGGCGCCCCUCCGACGCGGAUGACGGCGCCGCCGUCGCGUGCGUCGCCCGCGCGUCUGCCGGCGACGUCCUCCACCCCUACGGUCGAGGUACGCUCGCGAUCGGCACCGUCACCGGCACCGUCUGCGUCUUUGCCCCCGAUUCCAUCCCGAAUGCGUGA